ACUAAACGUUCAAGAAAAACUCUUACACACUGUAAGGAAACUAAACGUCAUUUAUAACUGCAAGCAUUAUAUAUUUUGCUUGAUAAAUUUCGUAAAUCUUGUUUAUAUUAAUAUAUAACAAUAUGUCAUCUUUCAAAAAUCAUAAUAUAUAUUAAUAUUAUUGUAAAAAGUUUUGAUGUCAAUUUUUUAGGUUAGUUGUUUCAAGUUAAAUAGUUUAUUAAUUGAAGUGUGUUUAACAAACAGUUGUAAAGUGUUGUAAGUUGUCAAAGUUGUAAAAGUUGUAAAAAGACAACACGAUGUCACGUACAGGAACUAAACUGGAAGCAAAGAAAGUUAAUUCUGAAUUAUUCACAUUAACUUAUGGAGCUCUCGUUGCACAAUUACUCAAAGAUUAUGAGAAUGUAGAAGAAGUUAAUAAACAAUUAGAUAGAAUGGGAUAUAAUAUGGGAAUUCGUUUGAUAGAAGAUUUUCUAGCACGUACUGGAUCUGGACGAUGCUAUGAUUUCAGAGAUACAUCUGAAAAAAUUCAAACAGGAUUUAAAAUAUAUCUUGGAAUAACACCAACUAUUACAAAUUGGAGUGCUGCUGGAGAUGAAUUUUCUUUAUACUUUGAAGCUAAUCCAUUAACUGAGUUUGUUGAGUUACCAGAUCAUUGUUUAAAUUUGAAAUAUUGUAAUAUAUUAACAGGUAUAUUAAGAGGUGCUUGCGAAAUGGUACAAAUGGAGGUUGCAUGUUGGUUUGUUCAAGAUCAAUUGAAAAAUGAUACUAUUACUGAAUUACGUGUUAAAUUUAUUAAAAGGUUAGAGGAUGCAAUACCUGCUGGUGAAGAUUAAAUUCUUAUUAAUAUUAUAAUAAUAAUAUUAUUAUUAUUAUUAUUAUAAAUAAACAAACUUUAUAUUAAAAUAUUCUUUUAUUGGAUAUUACUGUCAUAAUAGUAUUAAUGAUUUAAUACAAAUAUACAUAUUUAUGUGAAUGUAUAAAUAACAAAUUUAAAUACAUUAAUUUAUGAAUUAUUGGUUAAAU